AAAAUAUAAUAAAAUAUCAAAAUUUGAAGAGAGAGAAAGAGAAAGAAACAGAUAAACCCAGUAAGGAUUAGAGUUUAUCUGGUAAAUGCCAAAGCUUUCGAAAUUGCAGUGGUAGAGCUGAGAUUUUAAGAUGUGGAAUGACCUCUUCCAUGGUCUUAUGCCAAAGCUUUAAUCUUUUCACUUCCAACUCCAAACCCACUUCUUCUUCUUCUUCUUCCUUGUCUUUCUCAAAAGGUUUGAACUUUAUUAGUUCAGACAAGUGGAGAAGAAGGAAGAGGAAUCUUGGUGGUGGGUUUGCUGCAAAUGCAAAAGCCAGAAGGAAGAAGAGUUGGUGGUACAGAUUUUUCUUGGCUGAUGAUGGAAAUUGGCUUGGUUUAAAGGAAAACGAUAUGCUUGAACUCGAAGAAGAAGUUGAAGAAGAAGCUGAAGAAGAAGAAGAUGAUGUUGAUGAUGAUACUAAAUUUGAGGCUUGGAAGAGAAGAGCUGAAGCCAUAGUUGAAUUGCGUGAAGCCCAAGAAGAUAGGAGGAAUGAAGAUUCUAGGAGUUGGGAGGAUUGGUUAGCUACUGAUUUGGGGGAGCAAAGGGGUGAUAGUGAUAGAGAUUUGGAUUGGGAUUACAACAAUGGUGGAACUGGAUCAGGGGGUUCUUCAAUUCCACCUUCUAAUGGUGGUGGUGGUGGUGGUGAGGAAGAGUUGUUUCCUGAAAUGGGAUUGGUUAAGUCUGUUAGGAAUUUUCUUGCUGGUGAUGAUGAUGAUUUGUUGUAUGAAGAUAGAGUCUUUCGUUAUGCUUCAAUUAAUUCAGCUAAGUUUUUGGCAGUGUUGAUCAUUGUGCCUUGGGCAUUGGAUUUUGUGUUGCAUGACUAUGUUCUUAUGCCAUUUUUAAAGAGAUAUGUGGAGAAAGUGCCAUUGGCAGCACAAAUACUUGAUGUGAGAAGAACCCAAAAGCUUGAAAUAGUGGAAGAACUCAAAAUGGAGAAAGCCAGGCUGCAGCUUGAGGUUGAGAUUGGGAAAGCUCCUCCUCUCAAUGAUGAUCAACUUUGGUGGGAAUUAAGGGACAAAGCAUUAGAGUUAAGGGAAGAGAGGAGAUUAGAAAACCGUGGAGCAUUUGCCAACAUAUGGUCAGACAUGGCUUUUGGGAUAUCAGUGUUCAUUCUUUUGUACUUCAAUCAAAGUCAGGUAGCUUUGCUCAAAUUUACAGGUUAUAAGAUAAUAAACAAUAUAUCAGAUACUGGCAAGGCAUUUCUAAUUAUACUUAUCACAGAUAUUUUUUUGGGGUAUCACUCAGAGUCUGGUUGGCAAACAUUGGUAGAGAUUAUAGUAGAACAUUAUGGAGUGGAGGUGGAUCAGGCUACCAUAACCAUUUUUAUCUGCUUGGUUCCUGUUGUCAUUGAUGCCUGUGUCAAACUAUGGUUAUUUAAGUUCCUUCCAAGAUUAUCUCCCAAAGUUUCAAACUUAUUCAGGGAAAUGAAGCGUCACUAAAAGAUUAGUUUGGAAUUUGAAGUAUGGACUCACUCACACCACUUCACUACUAUUAUUAUUUCCACUCUUUGUAACAUUGUUUUAUUUUAUAAAUAUAUACACAUAUAUAUAGUCAAAAAGCAAUGUUGCUUCUUUCUCCAUUUAUAAAGAAGAAAAAAAAAAAAUUCUAUUCUUAUUGUUAUAAUUAUUUGAUCUUCUUGUUUUGGAGAAGAUUUUUUUAUUGAGAGAAAUAAAUAAAAAUGAUGCAUUUUUCUA